GAUCAUCAUGGCCAUGGGUCCAUGGUCUUAUGUUUUGCUUUUGUCAAGCACAGCUUUGAUAGUAGGAGUGUUUAUACAAAGAAAGCUAAAUGAACUCCCAGAAUUGGCCACAAAAGCGGAUCAAGAAUAUGAUUAUAUUAUCAGUAAGUAGACUUUAUCUUUGUGAUUACCUGUUUAAAACAAAAUAGGUGAUUCAAAAAUAUUGUUUUACUAUCACUUUUAGUUGAAAUUACCUAAUUCAUAAUUUGAUUUAAAAAAAAGAAACAUUUUUAAAAGUAAAGGCAACCAUGAUUUAUAGCGGUUGUUGGUCCAUGACAAGUUUUAUUUCAAAGUUUUAAUAUUAUAUCUAAAUUCUAAAAUAGUUUUAAAAAAAUCAUAUAAUGUUUCAGUUUAGAAUUUUCAUAAACUAAUCCUACUAAAUGUAUUAGUAAUUUAAUUUUUCUGUUUUGUUAUUUUUAUGAAUAUUUCUCCCUAUAAUGCUUUUAAAAAAAAAAAUUAGCAGUUAGUUUUUUCCUUUUAUUUAGUUGGUGGCGGCUCAGCAGGAUGUGUGUUAGCAAACAGACUUUCUGAAGAUUUUUCCAAGAAAAUUCUUCUGUUGGAAGCAGGUCAUGAUGACAGAAAUCACCCAACUGUCUCAAUUCCUGCCCGUGCUUUUGAGUCUGCACAUUCUGAAAUUGACUGGGAUUAUUACACAGUGCCUCAGAAACAUGCACUAAAGGCAUUUAAAAAUCAGGUAACUUGUAUUUAAAAAAAAAAAAUUACUUAAUUAUGGUUGGCUAAUAAAUUGCAGUAUGAAACUGCUGUUCACUACCGGUACAAUUUUUAAUUUACGGUACAUCUUUUGAAGAUUUCUGAAUAUUUCUGAAUGAUGUACGUUAGCAAUAAUGACAUGGGGGUAAUCCUGUUAAGAAUUAAUCUUUGCAACUUUAUUUUUUAAGAAAUCUAUUCAUUACUGGAUUUUGAAAUCAUGGUUACAGUUAAAGACCAUUUAAAAAAAUGAGAAAUAAAGACAUGCUAAAAACAUUUACAUGGUUGCUUCAUUGGCAGUUUGCUUUUUAUAUACACAGACCGGUUGGUGGCACAGAGGGAAAAUCCUUGGGGGCACUUCCAAUGUUAAUGAGAUGAUAUACACAAGAGGACUUCCUAAAGACUAUGACAGUUGGAACAUCCAAGGGUGGACUUUUCAAGAUGUGUUACCUUAUUUUUUGAAGUCAGAGGACAAUGAGAAUGCAGACUUUGUGAAGACUGGUGAGUCUUACUUACUUUAUUUAUAUGUAUUUAUAUAUAUAUAUAUAUAUACACACAUAAAUAUGCAUAAAUAUGCAUAAAUAUAUAUAUAUAUAUAUAUAUAUAUAUAUAUAUAUAUAUAUACACAUUUGAUUAACUCUUUGAAAACUGUGUGCCAUAAUAUCCUCUUUAAAUACUGAACAAGUGCCAAUGAGUUAUAUAUAUAUGUAUAUAUAUAUAUAUAUAUAUAUAUACAGAUAAAUAUACAUAAAUAUGCAUAUAUAUAUAUAUAUAUAUAUAUAUAUAUAUAUAUAUAUAUAUACAUUUGAUUAACUCUUUGAAAACUGUGUGCCAUAAUAUCCUCUUUAAAUACUGAACAAGUGCCAAUGAGUUAUAUUAAGUUUCUGUAUUCUCGUGACCAGUCUUUAUUUUUAUUGAGCUUAUAAGUUAAUAUAAGAAAAUUUUCUGCCUACGACAGAGCGAAAUUAUGAGCUAUUAACUCAUGUUUUAAUAAUUCAGUUGAUGAAUUAAAAUGACAGGUAUACAUGAAUACUAGUAUUUCAGAGGAAUGUGGGGGACGUUUUGUCACUAUUCUCUUUCUGUGGCUGUCAGCUUGCUAAUAGUUCGUAUGUGCUGCAUGUUUUUUAUUUGAACGCUCCUUUCAGCUCUAGGUAUACCAAACUCAAGGCUUUUAGUUUUAAAGUUAUUGAUUAUUGUCUAUCUAUUACUUUAUUCAUUCAAUGAAAUAUUUUUUCAGUCCUGUUUUCUGUCUAUUUCCUUAUUCAUUCAAUGAAAUAUUUUUUCAGUCCUAACUGUUUUCUGUCUAUUUCCUAAUUCAUUCACUGAAAUAUUCCUAACCCAGAGUAAAACUCAGAAGACAAAUAAUUAAAUUGAGAAAGAAUAUACAUUACUUCCAAUACAUUGCUUCCAUGUAUGUUUACCUGUAACUGAUGAUGAUUUAACACGUCUGCCGUUAUUCAUUUUUAUUCUUAUUCACUCUCCGUGUGUCCAACUCUCAGGUUUCCACAAGAUGGGCGGCCCCUUGAAAGUUGGUAGAUCAAAAACUCACAGCUUAACAAACUUUCUUGUAAGAGCAGGGAAGGAAAUGGGGUAUAAAAUUAUAGACAUCAACAGCCAGUGGUCAGAAGGUGAGUUAAACACUCAAAGUUUGAUUAGAAAAAUCAUCAUAUUUUUAGUUUUCACUAUACUAAGGGCAAAUGAUACUUAUUGAUCUCAUUAGAAUAGUUCUUUCAUGUGUUCUUACUGUUAAGCUAAUUUUUAUCCCAUGAUUUUCAGUAAGUUUUUAAACAAUCCACAUAAAUUCCUGUGAAAAAGAGCCGAAUAACUUAUUAAAUUUUUUUCUUGAUUACGUUUUUCGUAGCUUGAUUUGAUUUACAUCUACAAACAGUGGAUGUUUUUAAAAAAAAAAAAACAAUGUGUGAAGAUUUAUUUAGAAUUUUUUAAUAUAAUUUAAAAUAUUUGACUUUUUGCAAACGCCAGUGUAGUAAUUAAUUAUUUUUUUAAAAAAGCCACCAGGAGGAGGUUGAUUGUUUAAACAUUGCCCCCCCCUAUUUAUUGCUGUCAGGUUUUGUUGAAGUGCAGUCAACUCUACGCAAGGGCAUCAGACAAAGUGCCUCCAGGGCUUUUCUCUACCCUGUCUUGUAUAGGAAAAAUCUUGAUGUGCUUACUGAUUCACUGGCCACACAAGUGAGAAUACUUAAUCAUAAAUAUCAUCGUUGUUUUGCCGCUAACAUAUGCAACUUUUGGUGUUAGCUCAAAUAUGUUAUUAACCUGUGUCAAAAAUGACAGAAAAAAGGAGGUUUUUCAGGAUAAUGUAGUAACUUUUUAAAGAUUUGUAAAAUAAAUUAUUUUAGGUGUCACUUACGUCUUAUACAAUAGUUUUAGGAAUAAAAUAGUAAUAUUAAUAGCUGAAAAACAAAAACAAAUAAAUGGAGAAGAAAUAAAAACAUGGAAGUGUCAGAUACAUGUGAGGCAAGAAUUGUUUCAAUAAUAUAUCUUGUGGAAAUUGCAGUUUUAAAAACAUGGGACUAAGGGAAGGGGAAACUACUACAAAUUUAAAAAUUGAGUAUGCCUACCAAUCAUUCUUGGCUGUACCUCUUCCUCUGAUGUGAUUUUUCAAUGUUCGAAACAGAUUGUUUUCAAUGGCAAGAGAGCGGUGGGUGUUAAGUUUGAGCGGAAUGGCACACUGACCACAGUGAGGGCCAAACAGGAAGUUCUGCUCAGCGCUGGAACGGUUGGCUCUGCUCAGCUGUUGCUCUUGUCAGGAAUCGGACCCAAAGAACAUUUGGAGAAAUUGAAGGUUUGAUUAAUUUCAAACAGAAGUGUUGUAUUCAGAGUUGGAUAAGCAUAAUUAUACCAAUCGAGUGAUAAAUGAAUUUUUAUUAAUUUAAUUAAUUUUUUUUUUAAUUUCGUAAAGAGCUUUCACAUUUUUAAAAAAAAAGCUGAUUUUAUAAUGUGUUAACGAUUCCCUUACUUACUGCAUUGGGGCAGAUAAAUUUUAUAAUUGGUAUUUUAACAUCAUUUUCGUUUCCUUCAUUUUCCUUUCCUUCAAAUAAGUAUUUUAAAAGCUUAGUUCCUUGCCGAUAUCAGGCCACAGGGGUUUUCUGAUAUUCAUUUUUUUGCCUCCACCCCGAACUGCAUCAUUGCCAGAUACCUGUCGUUGCCGACCUGCCAGUUGGAGACAACCUCCAAGACAGAAUGACCUAUGAGUUCCCCAUCGCCAUUAAGCCGGCCAUCAGCAUCACGCAGGAAAAACUUGAGUCCUUCUGGGAGCAGGUCAAAUACAAGCUGGUUGGGAAAGGUGAGGAUUUUCUUCUUUGUAUAACAUGUCUUCUUUUAGCACAUUUCUUCUUUGAUUACUAUUUAUUUUAGUAGUAAUGUUGUGGACAAGAAGCUCAGACGUGGACCAUCGUCAAGCCUUAACAUAAAAAGCUCUGGGUCAAUGUAAAACUAAGGUUUUGAGCAUGAGAGCAGAAAACCAGUAAGUCUACUCUCCUUUCCUUGUGGAGCAGGAAACCCUCGAGCUGUUUAUUUCCACCAUCUGUGUAUUCAACAACCUGGACUCUGACCCGAGGGGGGGGGGGGCAGAAUAUUCUUCCUGAUGCUAAGAACAAUGCUACACAAAAUGUCUAUAAUCUAACCAGAGGAAUAAAAUAUUGAUGAUGUAUGAUACCAAAAAUAUUUGAUGUGGGGACAAAUUUAUUUCCCCCAUCUGUGGAUUCAACAACCCGGACUCUGACCCGGGGGGGGGGGGGGGCAGAAUAUUCUUCCUGAUGCUAAGAACAAUGCUACACAAAAUGUCUAUAAUCUAACCAGAUGAAUAAACUAUUGAUGAUGUAUGAUACCAAAAAUAUUUGAUGUGGGGACAACUUUAUCAUGUUAUAGCCUCAUCUUUUUGAGCCCUUGACUCCUGGUCCUAAAAGACCCAUGCUCCUGGGAGAAAAUUUACGAUCAUCAUAUUAUGGUCUAUUUGCGUUAUUAAAAUACUUUUAUCAAAACGCAAUAAUAAUCCUUGAAUCAUUUGCACUAUCAUCUACCUGCUCUGGUUUGAUGCCUUUAGAAUAGCAGUUUUUGCAUUUUUAUCAUACACUGAGUGGUCUUAACUGAGCCAUUCUCAACCUCAUGUUCCAUCCCCACCAAAGCCCAGUCAAGCACAAACAUCACCAUCACCCCGUAUGGAUGGGACUCGUUAACCCGGAGAGGGAGUCCCGUAGGGGGAUAAAAUUGGCGCAAUGAAACAUUUUGAUAACUCCUGAGACGCCACUGUUGCCAAGCUGUAAUAUCGACAUGAUUUUUUCUUGGGUUUUCCAGCAGCGUGAAAACAGGCGAUUCACUGUGUAGAGAACCAGCUUAUAAAUCCUAAAAAGAAUAAUCCCAGGCCUUGUAGACUUUGUCUACACCAACGUCACAUUGUGAUGGACAGAUGCAAGCAAAAAAAAAUGAAAAAAAUUACUAAAACCUAAGUAAAACAAUUCAUCAAUGGGUGCUGCCCAUUGUGAACUAUUAUAUACAAAACAUUUUUAUAUGCUGACUGUCGAUCUAGGGUAAAGUAUGGGAGGUCGAAAUAUCAAUACGGCGGGCCAUUGAUUUUAAACGCAUAAACGGGUUCAAAGGGUUAAGGCAACUGAUUGAUUUGAUCAUUCUUUAGGCUAGGGGUUCUCAACCCAUUGUGUUGAGACUGACAAGACAUUUUGUAGCAUCCAAUCCCUCCGUUCCUUUGUUCUCAUUUUGUUUGAGUCUUAACCACACAGAAGUUGAUGUCAUUGUCUUGUUCUGAUUCCUCCUCAAGGAAUGUUGGCCUCGCCCAACGGUGUAGAGGUUGUGGCUUUCACCAACAGUGUGACUAACUCAGAGAAAGACUGGCCUGACCUGCAGCUGCAGUUCAAAGGGAUGCUGCACGGAGAGUCUUAUGGGAAUAUGUUGGGCCUGUCCAAUGAGGUGAGUCUUAUGGGAAAAAAUUGGGCCUGUCCAAUGAGGUGAGUCUUAUGGGAAGACCUUGGGCCUGUCCAAUGAGGUGAGUCUUAAGGGAAGAUCUUGGGCCUGUCCAAUGAGGUGAGUCUUAAGGGAAGAUGUUGGGCCUGUCCAAUGAGGUGAGUCUUUAACUCCUGAUAUAAAUUCCCAGUGUGUCCACUGUGAUGGUCAACCCUGUCAUUUUUAGGGGCUUUGUUGCUGCAUGUUUUUAAGGCAAUUGAUUCAUCUCAUCAUUCUAUAACAGUGGUUCUUAACCUGGGUUCGAUCAAACCCCAUGGGGUUCAGUGAGUCAGUCUUAGGUGUUCGGCGGGGGUCCAAAAAAAAUCAGAUAAAAAAAUCAUAUUUUAUUUUACUAUUAUGAAGGGUUCGGUGAAUGCGCAUAUGAAACUGGUGGGGUUCAGUACCUCCAAAAAGGUUAAGAACCACUGUUCUAUAAAUUUAGAAGAUAGAUUUUUAAAAAAAUACUUCAUGCUAAAAUAACUAUUUUCUGAUGACAAGUUACAAUGAACUAAUACUAUUAGCAACCUUUUAGUUUCUUUAAUUUUGAUUCUCAUAUCUCAUGAUGAAUGCCAUCCAGUUACUGGAUAUCAGUUUUUAUGACUUCCGGUAGAGAACCUAAUAACGAUGGUAGGAAAUGUUGUAUUUGAACUGGGCGCUAAGGCCUUAUAACCAUAUGAACAUUUUUUUCUCUUUUCUCUGUGCAGACGCUAUCUGAAAUUUCAGCACGCAGAGCUUUCAAAGAGGGCAUGGCCUGUUUCAGUUCUGGGCUGAGGCCCAGAAGUCGGGGCUCCCUAAGACUUCUCAACACCGACCCCAGAAGUCAGCCGCUGAUAGAUCCAAAUUACCUGGCGUACGAGGAGGACGUGGAGGUGAUCCUCACAGGUUUGUCUGCUUCACACUUACCCUGAUAGAUUUCUAGACUGACCCUAAAUGUUGUCCAAGAUUUUCAUAGCAUGUGCCUUGCAAGCUUUUUUGUUGUGCAUCGAAAAAAGACACUUCAUGUUUAUCAAAGUUUGUCGACCUCAGGGGGGUAGGCUGAGAAUUUGUGACACUUGGAACUCGGGGGGAUGGGGUUCAAAAAUUUGUGACGUCACAGAAUUUUUUAAAAAUUAAAAAGCUAAAAUGUUCUAAUUUUGAAAAAACUUUAUUCACUUAUUUAAAAACAUUAAUUUGAGGUCGAAAUUGCCUCUUGGCAUUAUAGGCACCGUGAAACUCAGUUGCGCACACCUUCUGCGUGACUGAAUAAUUACUCAAAAACUGAUGUGGUCAUUUUACAUUGGGCUCGGGGAGGACUUGGUUGUUUUACGUCACAGUUUUCUAAUAAUACUACAUCUUAAUCCAUUAUGAGAACAUAUUUAAGAACAAAAUAAAAUCUUAAUUUAGUUAUGAAAAUUUUAUGUUUUGAAUUUUUUUUAAGUGUGACCUGGGGGGGGGGGGGGGGUGGGGGGGGGGGGUAAAGUAUUUGUGACACUUUGUGAAAGCGAGGGAGGAAGGGGGUCUGAGAAGGUCAUUUUUUGCAUUACGUUGUUCGCGAACUACCCUUUACAUGGUUCAUUUAAUGGAAGGUUAAGAUAAAGAAAUGAAAACUUUGUUCACUCAAGUUAUUUUAAUGUUCAAUUUUGAAAGUUAUAAACUAAGACUGUUAUCUGUGAUCGAGUUGAGUAGCGUACGCUUUGUUUAUUGCUUAAUUCUUAGUCACACAUUAACCGCUUUAUUUUAAUGACUGAUGAGCGGAAUAUGAAUUAAAAUAUUACCUUAAAAGUGAAAAGUCCAGCCAAAGCCCCAUUUCUGGAUCUUAAAAAGUCUACAAAAAUAUGGGGGGGGGGAGGGGGGGGGUAAAUUGUGGGACCAAAAGGAUUAGAGAAGGAAUUAAAAUUUUGAAAUCUUAUAAUAAUUGUGUUAUCUUUAUGUCUAUAGAUUAAUUUGGCCUUUCCCUGAUGUAUUUAAUCUUUCCCUUUUUUUAACCCCCCCCCCCCCCCCCCCCCCCAAAUGAUUUUCUCCCGACUAUCUUUUUUAAUCCUUACUAAAGGCGUCAAGUUAUGUAAGAAACUCCUGGAUAUGCCGUCAAUGAAGCAGAUCGAGGCCGUUUAUGCAGAGGGUCCCACCACAGCCUGCAGCGGUUUUCUCUCAGGCAGUGACGACUACUGGCGGUGCAUGAUCAGGGGCAGGGCUCAGCCGGUGUUUAGUCCGGUUGGGACAUGCAGGAUGGGAGAUGUCAAACAAGCUGACACUGUCGUUGAUCCAGAGUUGAGGUAACAUUAGACUUAAAUGUAUUACCCUCAUACCGGAAAUAUUUGUGGGCCAUUUUGUACCUGUCAAUGAGUUUGUUAUAUAAAAACCAGGGUCUAAAUGCCAGUUGGGGUUAAAAUAUCUCGUCAGAAUUUGUUGUUUUAUUGAUUUAGGAAGGUUCACAAGAAGGUUGGAUGAUGAGUUUCUUAUGAUUGAACAUGUAUGACUGAACAUUUCAUAAUGACUGAACAUUUCAUAAUGACUGAACAUUUCAUAAUGACUGAAAACUUCAUAAUGACUGAACAUUUCAUAAUGACUGAACAUUUCAUAAUGACUGAACAUUUCUUAAUGACUGAACAUUUCAUAAUGACUGAACAUUUCAUAAUGACUGAACAUUUCAUAAUGACUGAACAUUUCAUAAUAACUAAACAUUUCAUAAUGACUGAACAUUUCAUAAUGACUGAACAUUUUUUUAAUGACUGAACAUUUAUUAAUGACUGAACAUUUCUUAAUGACUGAACAUUUCAUAUUGGGUAAACAUUUCAUAAUCACUAAAAAAUUCCCUGGUAUGUCUCAGAGUAAAAGGCUUGAAAGCCCUGCGUGUUGUGGACUCCUCUGUGAUCCCAUCAAUCAUAUCUGGUGCCACCAACAUUCCUACCAUCAUGAUAGCAGAGAGAGCAGCCGAUCUCAUCAAGAGGAACAAGGUGGCUGACAGCUGACCGAACAGUUGAAAGGUGGACUGACUCUACAAGAUACGCUGUACGCAACACAUGGGCAAAUGCAACAAAAGGGAUCCUCCUUUACAAGGUCAAGGUUAUGUUUAUUAGAAAGGAUAAGUCAAUAGGUGACCACAGAGAUAAGUUUACCACAACAAAAGAUGGAUUUACAGGCAGCAACAUGGGGGAGUAAUUUUUUUAGUUACUUUUACCACAUUUGGUUUUAAUUAUCUAUUGCUGUAGUGAAAUUUGGCUAUAGUUGCUAUUUAUUAUGAUAAUUGAAAAUUAAGAUAAAUUUAAAAAAUGUUGUUAAAAAGAAGUACUAAAAAGAGUACUUGGAUAGAUAUCAGUUUUAGUUGUACGAAGAAGAGCAGGUACAUUGUCUUAACCAUGCUCUGCCAUUAGCAGGUCUACAUUUUAAAAACAUGGACAAACAAAAUUUUACAGAGUAUCGAAAUUGUUUUUUUCCAAAGGAAAACCACAUUUUAGCUGUUCAAAAACAAACGUUCGUUAUUGCCUCUUUGCUUUUAGUCACUAAAUUUAUACAUCCGGAUUUUUUAAAUGAAUUUUAUAUAUAUUUUUUUUUUCUGAAACCCACAAAAUGAGAUUUUCUUUUUGCUACUCUGGAAUUGCUUUCAGUGCCUUGCCCCUAGUGUUUAUAGAGUAAAUUUUUUGUUUAGUUCAGAUAGUUUCUUGGUUGUGAAGGGGGCAAAUCUAAUCUAUAUUUCUACUUUGGGAUCACAUGUUGUUAACUCAGUUUUUUUUAGAUAGACAAUUUUUUUUCCCCAAAAAUAUUAUUGCAAAUCCUGUAAAGCCCCUGUUUUAUGUUUAACUGUACUAAAUUUCAUGUUUUAAAACUGAAAGUCUUCCAUUUUCAGGAGCUGAAAUUUUUUAUUGUAAACGGGGGAGAGAAAAAUUAUUUUUCUUAUUUGAGAUCAGAGUUGUUGUUUUUUAUCCCAAUAACUGUGGAUUAUUAAUUAUUGGGAUCGGAACCUUUAGCAAACAGACAACAGAUUCCGGGCCAUCGGGAUCAAUCAAAGCCAGAAAACAAUCAUCAGUUGCUUUCCGCCUUAUCAAAUAUUUCAGCCAGUAGCAGACAUAGCUUGUGAAAAUUAAAUGUCCUUAAAAUGUGAAGACAUGUUUUAACAAGUUCAUUUUUUAAACCAAAUUUUUAAAAUUUGUUGUUUUUUUUUUUUACAAUUUUUGUCUUCCGGUAAACAACUUCUCCUGUAACUUAACUUUGUCUCAAAAUGAAACUUUGCUCCGCUACCUGGUCCUGGCGCAAAUAAAUGGAUGUUCCGGUGGUCCAGUUAAGCAUUCCCCAUUCCCCUAAGACUUCAUUUUGUUUAUUAAAAAUCAUUUCUUCUUCUUCUAUAUCUUAAGGGCCCACGAUCAAUUUAUUGAUCAUUUUGGCUCCUAUGCAUGUAGAUGGGAUCUGCAAUGUUUCUGUUACUGGUGUUGAUGAGGAAAUCAUGCACUAGGGGUUUGAAGGCUUGAGGCAAUAGACACAAAUGUGUCUAGUGUUGUCGCCUCAACCGUUCCUUUUGAAAGAUUGUUUUUUCGUAUAACUUUGAACCGCACUAAAUUGUUCAAGGAAGAAAAAUAUGUUCAUGCCUGUUUAGGCUCAGGAAAUGCUAGUUUAAUUUCCACUAGGUUCUCAGCAACAGGACACAAAUAGUUUACCAAGCUACAAAAUUAAAGUCAGAUGCUUAAUUUAAAACAGUGAAACUAUUUUAAAACCCACUCAGUUCAAUCCUUUUUAAAUCCCUGACUGUUGUUACGUGGUCAUUCCAUAAAUACAAUACUGCUCCAGUGUUGAGAUGGUGAUGAUGGUUUGUGACUGACUGAUUCCCUUUCUAUGACUCCAUGUUGCUAAUUGGUUGGUUUAAAUUGUUCUUGAAAUUUCAUCUUUUUUGUCAAUCAUGUUUAUAAAAACUACAGUUUUAUUGCGCACUACAAUAGUUGGCGCACUACUACGUCUGUCAUGUUAAAAAUUGAUUUAAGAUUCAUUGACAUAACACAUAAUAUCAUACACAAGGAUACUACAGAAGGAUUUCAGAUUGUAUCAUACACAAGGAAUGUAACACAGAUUGUAUCAUACACAAGGAAUGUAGCACAGAUUGAUAACACACUGUUUUGGGAUCCAUUUACUCCAGAAUUUUUCAAUUUUUUUUUAAAUUUUAAAAUAAUGCAGACAACUGUGACUACUCUAUCUAUAUCAAAAUAGUUCCAAUGUGUCUGAUUUACUUCCCCUUAGUUCAAGUC